AUGCCUUCCAACCAGGACGCCAGUAUGUAUAUGGUCCCGCCCAAGACACCUCCGGCCCUCAAUAUCCCUCCCUCGAACUCAACUGUAUCCGUCAAGAUAAUCGACAGUACAUCCUGGAUCGAAGUGCCAUUGGGAUCAUUGAUGGGCCCAGGUAUCCCGGGCCACGACAAGCUCUCGUGCCCGUCGUACUGUUUUCUCAUUGAACAUGGCCCGCUGGGCCGAAAGAUCCUGUUUGACCUCGGCACACGGAAAGAUUGGGAGAACCUGGCCCCCAGCAUUGUCAACAUCAUCAAAGACCACAAAUGGGGCCUGACGGUUGAGAAGAACGUUUCUGAAAUCUUGACUGGGGAAGGCGUCGAUCUCAAGAGCAUCGAGGCCAUCAUCUGGAGCCAUUGGCAUUACGACCAUACCGGCGACCCGAGCACGUUUCCCUCAUCGACGAAGUUGAUCGUCGGGCCGGGAUUCAAAGAUGCUCUCACGCCAGGAUAUCCGGUGAAUCAAAACAGCCAGGUGCGCGAGUCGGACUGGCAGGGACGGGAGCUGGUAGAGGUGGACUUCUCCGCCUCCGGCGACCUAACCGUGGGCGGGUUCAAAGCCUUGGACUACUUUGGCGACGGCUCUUUCUAUAUCGUCGACGCACCCGGCCACGCAAUUGGCCAUGUCUGCGGCCUCGCACGAGUGACGCCUGAUAGUUUCAUCUUCAUGGGUGGCGAUGCCUGUCACCAUGGCGGAGAGUACCGUCCCACCAAAUACUUGCCUCUCCCGAAGAAGAUUGAUCUGGAUAUGAGUUCGAGCACGAUCAAGUCGCGAGCAUUUUGUCCAGGCAGCCUGAGCGGAGCUGCUUUUUGCGAUGUCUUCAACCACCAUAAACCCGACCAGGAAGUUUACAUACUAGCCAAGAACUUCUCCCACGAUACGGACCGUGCGAAUUUGACGAUUCACUAUCUUGAAGAGUUCGAUGCCGCAGACAACGUCUUUGUGAUCAUUGCUCACGACACGUUUCUCCUUCAGAAGGAAGCCGAGAUUGACUUCUUCCCACGCGGGUCAUUGAAUGAUUGGAAAGCGAAGCGUCUGGAUGAAAAGGCAAGGUGGCUCUUUUUGAAAGAUUUCGCGGAGGCGGCUGAGAAGGGCCUGAAGCAGGAGACGGAAAUGGGUGAGGGAAUCAUACUCAAGCCUUGA